CCACCUGGCGAUUAAAGAAGUGUAGGUGCAGGUGCAGAGUUCCAUAUCCAUAAAACAGAGAGGAAUGGAAAAAAUAAUGGAAGGUGAGGAUUCAAGCAUUAUGUUACCAAACAAGCAAGUUGUACUGAAGAAUUAUGUUGAAGGGUAUCCAAAAGAGAGUGAUUUCGAGCUAAGAAUUUCGACGAUAAGUUGCCAGAUUCCACAAGGAUCAAAGGGUUUGUUUGUCAAGAAUCUUUACUUAGGUUGUGACCCUUACAUGCGCCACAGGAUGUCUCAUCAUAACUCCAAGGAUGUUUCUUUACUUGUCUCAUUCAAACCUGGUUCUGUCAUUAUUGGACUUGGUGUGGCAAAAGUUAUUAAAUCAGAAGAUGCAGAUUUUGAGGAGGGAGAUUAUAUCUGGGGAAUGACUGGUUGGGAAAACUAUAGCUUGAUUCUUAAUACCAAUGGACUUUUCAAGAUCAAAUAUACAGAUGUGCCUCUCUCAUACUAUGCUGGAAUUCUAGGUAUGCCAGGACUUGCAGCCUAUAUUGGUUUUAAUAAUGUAUGCUCUGCUAAGGAAGGGGAUGUAGUUUAUGUCUCAUCUGCAGCAGGAGGAGUUGGUCAGCUUGUGGGACAAUUUGCGAAAAUGAAAGGUUGCUAUGUUGUAGGCAGCGCUGGUACUGAUGAAAAGGUAAAUCUUUUAAAAUCAGAACUUGGCUUCGAUGAGGCUUUUAAUUACAAAGAAGGAAAUGAUCUUGCUGGGGCCUUGAAAAGGCACUUCCCUAUGGGUAUUGAUGUUUACUUUGAGAACGUUGGAGGAAAUAUGCUGGAUGAGGUGCUUUUGCACAUGAAUCUCUAUGGUAGGAUUGCAGUUUGUGGGAUGAUAUCUCAGUACAACUUAAAGAACCCAGAUGGUAUCCACAAUUUGUUUUGUCUUAUCUCAAAGAGAUUACAAAUGGAAGGUUUUUCUGAGCUUGACUUCCGGCACAAAGUUCCAGAGUACCUCGAGUUUGCUAUUCAGCUUAUAAGAAAGAAAAAACUGCUUUUUGUAGAAGACAUUGCUGCGGGUUUAGAACAUGCCGCAUCUGCUUUCGUUGGUAUUUAUCAUGGGCGAAAUGUCGGAAAGCAGAUUAUUCAGGUUUCAACUGACUGAGAACUUGAAGAAUUUGGGUGAAAACAAAAAAAAUUCUGUAUUUCAUUUAUUCUUCCCAUCAAACGUUGUCAAAGCAAUAUGCUGAGGAUAUUGAGGUAGUCCUCUUAUUGAGUAAACUGUUAUAUUGAUUUUUUUUCUGGUGAAAACAUUGCGGUGUUCCAAAAUACGAAGUAAUAUGUUGUAUUUGAGAAGCACAAAAGUGAUAAUUUUUUUAGCUAUGAAAAUAAGUGCUUAAAAGGCU